AUCUAAUGAUGGUUAUGUUAUCAAUUCUGUUACCCGUGGUCUAGUUGUACCUCGUGAGUUGAGACGAGAAGUAUGUGAUAGACUUCACUUGUACUUUAUUCAUUUGGGCGCCUAUAAGAUCUACAGGAGUAUCAAGUCGGACUUCGAUGCUGGUCCUCUCUCAGAGUACUUGAAGGCCCAAAAGCGCUGUGUCAUUUGUCAAGCGCAACGGCAGUCUCGAACCGUUAAUCAUACUUUCGGUUCUCAGCUUACCAAAGCAGCUCAGCCCUGGGAACUCUUAGGAAUCGACCUUAUCGGUCCUUUCCGCCAAGAUGAGUUCCGCGCUCCUCAUUAUGAUUCAUUGAUGUCUUUGUUGGUGGUCGACGCUUUAACUGGUUAUGUUACCUACGCUAUUGUUCCCGACAACGCUCCUACCCAUUUAACCCUUAUUGCUUUAGAGGGCAUUUUCCUAGCUCGUGGUUACCCUCUGGGUUUGCUCUCCGAUUCAGACGCUCGCUUUACAA